UCAAUGAUACAGCUCGCAGAUGCACUUUAUUAGUACCCAAAGCGUCCGCUGCUCGUCGCUGCAUAGAACGAUAUACUUUAAGUUUAGUUUUUUAAAAAUCCAAAUGUGUACUUCGCUAAUGAUACGACACACAACAGUUCAACGUUGAUCGAAUAAGGAAACAGAACGUCUUAUACAUGAUUCAUUUUUACACAAAGGAAUAGAAUACAAUUAUUAUUUCGCAUAUUUUUUCCUGUUCAUUACUGGCCAUACUUGAGACCAUAUUCGAAAAAUGAAGUAUAUUUUAAUACUACUUUUGCAGCUACUUUGUAUCAAUUUUUCUAGUACUAGAGAGAUUACACACGAAGAUAUCAAAGAUGCAAUGUUAAGUUUAGUACAUAUGAUGCGCGAGAAUACUGAAAAAUUAGAGCGUCACGAAGCACGAGAACGUCAAUUGGGUGAACAAUUAAAAAAAACAAUAACUGCCAUGACAAAACGCAUGUCAACAGUCGAUACCUUAAAAUCACAACUAACAAAACUCGACGAGAAAGUAACUGGAAUUGAACAAUUGAUUUCCCAGAGAGAUGAACGAGAAAGAAUACAAAUGCAGAAAACUGUUGAUGCAUUAGAAGAUUUAGAAAGUCGUUUGGAAGGAUGGCUUACGGAUAUUGAAAAUAAAGUAUCGGAAGUAAAUGCUCGAUCAGACACUGCGGUACCUUCUAUUGGCACUGUCUCUCCUAUUGUCGCCCAACUAAACAAAACCGAAUCAAUGUUAAUGGAUAGGAUUUCCAAAGCAGAGUCAACUUUUAAAUCCGAGGCAGUAAAAUUAAAAGAAACUGCUAAUGCUCAAACUGGAGUAACAAAAGCAUUAUUGACAGAGAUCCAGGAUGCCGGUUCAAGAAUUGGCGAACUAGAGGUUCAUAUCAAACCACACCUCGAUAUGAUUUCUAAUAUUACUCAGUACACGAAAAUGCUACCUCCUAUACAAAAACUUUUAGAAAAUACUACCAAUCAAAUUAGAGAAUUACCAAGGAUUAGUGAAAUUCAAACUCUUCACAAUGAAACUCAAACACUUUUACAAGAAAGCAAACAUGUUUUAAAAGAUGUUGUUACGCGAGGAAUCAAUGACAUCGAAAAUAAAUUAAUAGAGACUAGAAAUGAAUCUAAAGACACAGUAGGAGCUUUGAGAAUGGACUUGGCAAAUAACGCGGAACGUGUAAAUCAAGAAUUACAUGAUCUUGAAAAGGGUCAAUCCGUAAUGGUCUCGAUGGCUGAUCAUGUUUUAGAUACGAAAAAAAGAGUCGAAUACGGAGUACAUCAAAUUCUUUUAGAAGUAGGAGAUUUAGUGAAAGCGCAAGGUAUAAAUAUCAAUAACACUUUAAAUCAAAGAUUCGAUGGAAUAUCAAAUGACAUAAUGGACAAUCAGAAUGGAGCUUUGGCAAAUUUGACCACGAAAAUGGAACAGGAAAUGAACCAGGUAUGGAGGCAAAUAAAUGUCAUGUAUCAGCAAAUGACAGAAAGUGCUAAAGCAUUAGAUAAAUUACACAAACAAAACGAAGAAUAUGUUAAUGGUACAACUUCUACCAUGGGUGGGAUGGAAACUAAGGUGGGCGAAAUAACAAAACGAAUGACGGAAGUCGACGAGAACUUAAAUUAUCUCUUGGGGCGACUCUCACUAGUGACACAAGAAUUUAAUCAAAUCAAAACAGGAUUAGGUACCGCGUUAGAUAAUAUUAAAGCAUCGUUCAGAGAGGUGCAAGACAGAGCGAAUGAUUUAAGAGAUCCAGGACCACAUCCGAUACCUGAAAAUUAUAAAGAAUUUAAUGAGUCUGAUAAUAGUAAGCCAGAUGGUAUGAUUUAAUAAUAUUUAAUCUUACAUUACACAUGGGAUAAAAUAUGGAUAUUGUCAAAAGACACUAGAUUAAUGAGUACAGCAUUUGACUUUUAUACAGAUAGGAAAAAGAUUAAGAAACGUUGGAACAACUUUGCAGAUUGUACACACAAUUAUAUUACAUCAACAUUUUUUUAACAUCGUUUGUUGGAAUAAUGUACGAAAAUUUUUUUCUCAAAAAAUGAGAAACCAUACCAAAUUAGUAUGUCGUAUGUAUAAAUAAAAAAUAACAUUAUAAGUAUCACUUAUAAUUUAUGCGUUAUCUUCUUAUAGAAUCUUAGUUUCGAUUAAUUUGCCAGUAUAUGUUGUUAAUUUCUUACAAAUCACAUGAUAAAUAUAAGGUUUAAAUUUUCUUUAUUUCAUAAUUUCAGCUAAUGAAUUAAAUGUUUAUAAAUUGUCAAACUUGUAAUUUUUUUUAUAAUAAUAACGGUUACAUGACAAUUGUUAAUCAUGCGUCUAACGUAAUACGAACAAUUCUCAUCGCAGGCUCAAAACAAAUAUAUAUUAUUUAUAUAAAUUAUUGAUGUAUGUUGGUAGAUUUGAAUUUUAAAAAAUUACAAAAGUACAUUAAAAAAGCACUAGUUGCAUUUCCAUCAGUAUUUAAAAUAAGGUAUUAUCAUACUAAGUCUAAUGAAAGAUUAAUGAAAUUUUAUUGAAAAAUUAAAUAUGAGUUCUAAUUAUUUUAUAAAUGUUUAAGAUGGGAUUAAAUAUAUUUAUGUAUCGUUAAAUUGUAAAAUGUAUCGUAAUAGUGUUCACGGUAAUUGCCUUGCAAUUAUGAUAUUUUACCAAUUAUCUAAUUUAUAAAAUGAAUUUGGUAUGCAAGUAGAUAACUAGAAAAUUGUUAUUACAUAUAUAUGUUAAUUACAAGAUAAAGUAUCAACUAUUUUUUAAAUCAAGUGUUAUAAUAAUGUUCAUUAUGCUCAUAUUUUUUACAUAUUCGAUAGCCUUUGUGAUUAGACAUGAAAAAUUUGCACGUGAGUUUUUAUCGUUUCUUAAAUUUGGAAUAUUAGCAAAGCGUAUCAAUCUGAUCCAUGAUUCUCAUUAUGGAUAAAAGAAACUUAUAAUUUGCUACAAAUUUAUAAUCUUGAUUAUUAUAAUUUUCGAUAAUGCUACAUUUUUGAGCUGUUAAUUUUUAAGCUAUACGAGCUGCAUUGGAUACUUUACAUUAAAGCACAUCCAUUAAUCAUAAUGGACGACAGUUUAUGCUACUUAUGAGAAAGAUUAACAACUAACAUCAACUGUUUACUUAACAGUAUAUAUUAGAUACGUCAACAAGCUCCCGUGAUAAGCUUUGGUUAUUUAAUAACAUUAUAAAUAAUUUUUAUUACAACUCUUUGCAGUGCUAGAUCCCUAGAUGACAUUUCACAUAUUUCGAUUAGAUUAAUAAAAAUUUCUAUAUUACAUUUUUUUGUAUUAGUAAAUACCUAUCGAUGUAAUAAUUCUAACUCAUUAUUUGCAUAAUUUGACGAAUUUCUUAACUGACUUCUACUUUCAUACUGAUUUGCCCACAUGUUCAACCUAUUAUUAUAUCUUAUGUAAAUAUCUCUAGUAGAAAUAUAUUAGCACAGCAAAGAAGUGU